AAACAUAAACAAAAGCACGAGAGAACAGGUGUAUGAUCCUCCUAUAAUGAAUGAAAUUCUUGGUUGUUAAUCUGAACCAGUUAGUACACGGUAUCAUGAAGAGGUAGAAUGAAUUUGCCAGCCAAGCGCCGCGGCCUGUCACCCGAGGGACGUCAGAUCAGAGAGCGACAUCAGGGAUCACUUACUAUUGGGCUCCAGGGCAUCACAGUGCAUCCGACAGAACGUAGUCGGAACCAACGUGAUUUCUUGCAAGACAAUGUGAGAAGGCUCCAUGAGAUACAAGCAAGGUGUAGAGAUAGGGAAAAUAGCAGAAAACCGCAGCCUCUAAGGGCGACAAGAGAGAGCUCUGCAAGUACUACUUCUUCGAUAAAACAGGUGGACUGCUUAGCCCCAAUCCGUAAUGGUUCAGCAAAGCUCGGAAGACGAAGCCCAAGUUCAGAGUGCGAGGGAAGUGCACAUUCAGACUACUUCUCACUAACUGAUGACCAGAUUGAGAAUGCAGCAGCACAGCUCAGUGCCCGUCUCCACAAUGGUGUGCAUCUACCAGACCGCAGUGAGAGAGGAAACGGGAGACAUAUACAGGAAAAUGGUUUUGGGCAUCAAAGCAGAAGUUCAAGUGCCCUGUCCCAGUCACUUCCAAUGCCCACCAACCAGUCACUACUGAGGGAUGCCCCACCAAGACUGGCAAGAUCAGGGAGUCCUGUGAUGCUGAGGCCCAUCUCAUCAACUCGACAUGCCCCUGUUUCUCCACGCCCUGUCAGUGCAGCCCAUCGUCAGAAUUCUGGGACUGGGUUGGAACUCCUUUCAGGAUGUGAGUUGAACUAUGGAAUGAGGAAGAUGCGGAUGGAUAAUUUGCUCUCAAAGAUAAGGAACCAAAAGCCAGCAUGUGAGCUGGACUACAAUACACAUUACAGAAAUAUAGAAAAUCAGCACAAAUUAUUGCUUGAUAACUCAGAUAUGCUUAGUCUUUAUGGCUAUGGUGAGGGAAGUAAUGGUACAGACACACAAAGAUCUGCAACAAGAACAGCCUUGAACACUGCAGGAAGUGGUUCCAAAACAUCAAAAUUGGUGCGUGCUCGUAGUUUUGAUAGAGAUGCCCUUUCUAGGAAAAGUGUGGCGGGGGGACAAACAGAAAAGUCAGCAAAAUCUUCCACAAAGUCAGAUCAGAGGGCAGUCAGCUCACCAUCUCCACAACUGAAGAAACGCUUCUCAAAAUCCAUUGGUAAUCUGUCCCAUGCUGCCCCAUCCUCAGCUUCAGGGCAGAGUAGUCAGAGUCGUAGUGGCAGCCCAAGCAAAAUGAGAAGUGAAUCUGCUAAUUACAGUGUCAGGCAUUUAGAACAGUCUCCACCAAGCCGUGUUUUGUCAAGUGUUCAAAGCAUUCAGCGAAGCAAAAGCAACUUAGAGUCACCUAGAAUAUUUGAAGCUUCCACUGAUGGUGCAAGUGAGGUGCCACCAUUAGAUAAUAGUUCAGAUCUUAUUAGCCAGUACUUAGAAAAUGAAUCAAGAGUCAAGUCUGCAGCCACAAGUGCAAUACUCAACAGAACAGCUUCAAGCGGUGAGCUGAACCUCAAUUCAACCAUGACAUCAGACUGCAACUUCAACAUCAGUGAACCAGACCAAUCUGUGUCUUGCAAUUCUGCAAUGGAGAAUCUCCACCUAGACUUGCGACCUGACAGCCAAGUUGAUGGUGAUAUGAGGAUACAAAACAACAACCCAAGUAGUCAGAUGGAAGAGUCUACCCAUGAAUUUCAUCCAGAGGUAUACCUGAAACCUUACAAUGACAUAGUUGAGAGUGAACAUGUGAGUGAAGCUGUGUUUCCAAAGGAGGAAGCCAAAUCUUCCACGCCAGUGCCAAAUGAGCCCCAAGAUUUGCCUAGCGUUAGUUCUAUACCAAAGCUUCUGAAGCAGAAAAGAGAGCAGCAUGGCCAGCCCUCAAGUCCAUCAACUUUAAGAAGAUCUCAGUCCAUGAAGAAUAUUCGCCAGCGCCAAGGAGAGCCUCCCUCAAGUUACAAGAGAGGGAAAUUGCCCAAAUAUCUCUUAGCCCGAAAAGAGGAGGAGAAGAGGUUAGCAGAGAUUGCUCGGUCAGUUGACCCCGAGUGUCCGCCUGGCCAUGCUCCACUUCCUGACCAUGAGCGGCGCAACACCCUCCAUCUCCUACGCAAGAGUCAAGCAGAGGUAAUGCGAGAGCUCUCCUCCUUGCCUGUGGCCCAAGACACACUUAGGGUGAAGAAAAGGAGACAGGAUUUAGAAGAUAAACUUAUGCAGAUUGAAGAUGGUCUGCGCAUCUUUUCACAGCCGAAAGUGUAUGUUAUGAAUGAUGAUUGAGAAGAGGGAAGUAGGAUGUGCGUAUUUGAAUAACAUGAGUGAGUUUGUUUAAUCAAGAAUCAUAGAGUGGAUAUCAAGUGACUAAAAGUGUGCAAGCAUAGGAGUAAUGUUAUCCUGCCAAGCUGUGUCUUUUAAUUCACACUAUUCAGGUAUGUUAAGUGUCUUGUUAAUAAUCUGUCUGGAUAUUUUGAAUACAGGAUUUGUAAAGUGUCCAUCAUCAUUUUUAUUAAUGUAGCAACGUUAAUGUCGUAUCAUCUAUCCCUUACAUUUAUUUUAACCCAAUGUCGACAGAAAAAAGGUGCGUUCCCUUUGGCAAUGCUGGGUUAAAUGUUUCUGCACAUAGAUGGCUCUGCCAAUGCUUAGCCACAAAGGAUUCAAUUAGUAGAUCUUGCAACCUCACUUUUCCUUGAAAAAG